GCUCCAGGGCAGGCCCGGCGGGCGGGCGGAGCGUCCCGGCAGCCCCGGCCGCGCUCCCCCGGCUCCCCCGGCUCCUGCCCGCUCCCUGCCCGUUCCCCGGCGCCAUGUGCGAGCCCAGCAAGCAGGACAUCGGCGCCAUCUUCAAGCGGCUCCGCUCCGUGCCCACCAACAAGGUGUGUUUUGACUGUGGAGCAAAGAACCCCAGCUGGGCGAGCAUCACCUACGGAGUGUUUCUGUGUAUUGAUUGUUCAGGGAGCCACCGCUCCCUUGGUGUUCAUCUGAGUUUCAUUCGAUCUACAGAAUUGGAUUCCAAUUGGUCUUGGUUCCAGCUGAGAUGCAUGCAGGUCGGAGGAAAUGCAAAUGCAUCUGCUUUUUUCCACCAACACGGGUGCACAACCAAUGACACCAAUGCCAAGUACAACAGUCGUGCUGCUCAGCUCUACAAGGAGAAGAUUAAAUCUCUUGCCACACAGGCCACAAGAAAGCACGGUACUGAUCUGUGGACAGAUGGGUGUGGAAUGCCACUGGCAUCACCUCAAAAUAAAGAGGAGGAAGAUUUUUUUGCAUCCCAUGUUUCUACCAAGGCAAAUACUACAGAGUGGGUGUUGCCAGAACCAGUUUCUCUCCAGCAAAAAACUUCAGAAAAUAUUCCAGAAUCCUGUGAAGGCCCAGAGCAUGGACCRAGUGUUGAUGGCCUUAGCACAUCCCCACAGCCUGCAUUAGAGAACACCACCUUCAUAAAAAAGAAACCAAAUCCAGCUAAGAAGGGGCUUGGUGCGAAAAAAGGUGGUUUGGGAGCCCAAAAAGUGAGCAGCCAAAACUUUAAUGAGAUUGAAAAACAAGCACAAGCUGUAGAUAAAAUGAAGGAACAAGAAGAUCUUCAUAGUAAUAAGAAAACUGAGAAGGAAGAGCCACUGGUAUCAUCUUUAAGGUUGGCCUACAGAGAUUUUGAUAUUAAAACAAGAGAAGAAAACUUAAACCUCUCUGGUAAGAAGAAAAGUGAACUGGAGAGGCUUGGCAUGGGAUUGGGCAGCAGCAGGAGUGGCAUUUCUCACUCGGUCACCUCCGAUUUGCAGACAAUAGAGCAGGAAGCCCCUGCAGUCACGAAGCCAAAGAAGAAAUACAUGGAUGAUGUGGAAGACUCUUAUUUCUCAUCCAGCUCGAGGUACUAUGAUUCUUCAGAUUUGAGGAGCAGCAGUUUCUCUAAAUGGGAUGACAGUUCAGAUGCUUUCUGGAAGAAAGAAAAUAACAGCAGAGAUAKUGAUAUAUUGUUAACUUCAAAAAGCACAGGAUUUUCAGACAGACCUGCAUCUCGGCGAAAGCCUGAAUAUGAACCUCCUUCAAACACAGAGGAGGCACAAAAAAAGUUUGGCAACAUUAAAGCCAUUUCUUCAGACAUGUACUUUGGAAGGCAGGAUCAGGCUGAUUAUGAAGCCAGGGCUCGGCUGGAGCGCCUGUCUGGAAGCACUUCCAUCAGCUCAGCUGACUUGUUUGAGGAGCAGAGGAAACAGGCAGCAGGAAGCUACAAUAUUACAAAUGUCUUGCCUUCAGCUCCUGAUAUAGCUCAGUUUAAACAAGGAGUGAAAUCAGUGGCUGGAAAACUUUCUGUCCUUGCUAAUGGGGUSAUGACAUCUAUACAGGAUCGAUAUGGUUCCUAACUGAAGCUGCAGAAGGAUUCUCUUCAGGCACACAAUGAUUCAGAUGAAGGUGGCCUUAAGACUGAUGAUGUUUUUACCUGUUCCUUAGUGCAGAUUUCUGACUCAGCCUCUUCAUAGUGCUGUUUCAUCUUGACAGAGCAGAAAUUUUGCAAAAAUUUGUUACAUUGCAUAUGCUUUGGGUUUUUUUYCCUCCUUUCCAGUCUUUAUUUCUUACCAACCCCAUUGUUGGAUGCUGGGAGCUGUAUUUUGUUACUGCUUCUGUCUGUGAGGCAGCAGAGAARGAAGGAUGAAGCAUCUGCUGAGGGGGUAUUUAGUGGACUGUAGCUAAACAAACACUUAAACUGUGCUUUGCCAGGAAGUAGAAGCUCUUGAAGWCAUAAAUUGAUGUGCAUUAAAAUGGUGGGGAAUUAGUGGUUUCAAACAAUACUACAGCUAGAAGGUUCUGUGCUUAGAUGUGAAGAUGGAGAAGUCAAAAUGUGAUAAUACUGAAUAGUGGAUUUCAUCUUGUUGUGGGAACAAUYUAUUUAUUCCUAAUUUUGAAAGUUACAAAAAUAAUUGCCAUAUAGGAUCCUUAAGUGCUUUUAAAAAAUUUGUAUUGUGUACAAAAUUAAAAAAAAACCCUUGAAUAUACUGAAAGGGCCUAAGAAAGUAGUUAACGAAAUUCUUGUUAAAAAUAUUUAGCACAAUCUUAGAUUUUUGAUAAUUUAUCAAUUAUUGAAUGAGGAAAUAGUGGGGCUGUGUUUUAGACAGUCUGGAAUUUAUUGCUGAUGACAUCUUGCAUAAAAAUUAUUAUGACCUUAAAGAAAAAAACCUCACAACCAAGAAUGAACUCAAGGUAAUUUUGUUCUGUAAUUUUCWUAAUUCAAAUUUGUAAACUGCUGAUAUCUAAUAAAAACAAUUGAUAUAAACUCAGUUUUAAAUUCAAUUUCUGUGUGUUG